AUGACGCACUUCCGGUCUCGCGUCCGAUACACCGGAGCUGAGAACCAAUCUCAGGGCCGGCCGCAGCUUACAGAGGAGGUGAGAAGUAGGUGUCUGGAGCUUGGGGCAAAGAACGUGUCUCUGGUUGUUGCUGACAUGGGAUCACCAGAGGCUCGGGAGAGAAUUGUGGAAAAAGCCAUCAUUGAUAUGGGAGGUUUGGAUUACCUGGUGUUAAAUCACAUUGGCUCUACCCCGUUUCAGAUGUGGGAUGGCGAUAUAAAUCACACAAGAUGGCUAAUGGAGGUGAACUUCCUCAGCUAUAUCCAUCUUGCUACCAAGGCUCUCCCACACCUUGCAGAGUCAAGAGGCGCUAUUAUUGUGCUGUCUUCUCUCACUGGUAAGAUUGCAACUCCAUACACCACAUCAUAUGGUGCAUCAAAAUUUGCCCUGGAUGGUUUCUUUGGUUCACUGCGACAUGAGCUAGCCAUGCAAAAGAUUCCUGUCUCCAUCACAUUGUGUAUCUUGGGGCUAAUCGAUACUCAGUCAGCCAUGGAGAAAGUAAAAGAUAAGAUAUCCAUGCCUGCAUAUCCUGCCCAGGAUGCAGCCCUGGCAGUGGUGUCCGCUGGAACAAGCCGAGUAGAGGAGAUGUACUAUCCCUGGUAUGUAAGGCCACUCUGCUUUUUCAGAGAUUGGUUUCCACAAAGCAGAGCCUGGGUGAUGCAGAAGUCAUACCAGUUCAAGCCAGAAGAGACAUUGGUAUCAUUGUGAUUAUAAUACUUUAAUAAACAAAUGUACUGAUCAGU